CCCUCAUGACGCGCCCUUGCGCUCACACGUGUAUAAAGCCGGGAGGAACAGAUGUGACUGGAGAACUUUUCCAGCUGUACUACAUCAACAUGUCUGUUCAAGAAUUAGAGAAGAAGAAGACCAUAGACCUCAGGAAGAAGCACAUAGGGCCAUCUUGCAAGAUUUUUUUCAGCCAUGACCCAAUCAAGAUAGUGCGAGCCAAAGGCCAGUAUAUGUAUGAUGAAAACGGACAGCAGUACUUGGACUGCAUCAACAACGUGGCUCACGUGGGCCACUGCCACCCAGAUGUGGUGACAGCUGGAGCUCAGCAGAUGGAAAUGCUCAACACCAACACACGCUUCUUACAUGACAACCUCGUACUCUAUGCACAGAGGCUGCAGGCGACGCUGCCGGACAAGCUUUCUGUGUGCUACUUUGUCAACUCUGGCUCUGAAGCCAAUGACCUGGCCCUUCGACUAGCACGGCAGUACACAGGCAACAAAGAUAUCAUCACGUUGGAGAAUGCGUAUCAUGGCCACGUGUCAUCGCUAAUUGACAUUAGUCCAUAUAAGUUUCACCAGCUGUCGGAUGCAGAGCAGAGUCAGUUUGUCCAUGUGGCUCCUAGUCCAGAUGUGUACAGAGGUAAAUACCGAGCAGGCCACCCUGAUCCAGCCACAGCAUAUGCAGAUGAAGUCAAGAAGAUAAUCAACAACGUUCAUAAGAAAGGACGCAAGAUUGCGGCUUUUAUUGCUGAGUCAUUGCAGAGUUGUGGUGGGCAGGUCAUUCCUCCUGUGGGUUACUUCCAGCAAGUGGCUGAACUGGUUCGUAAAGCCGGAGGUAUUUUCAUUGCUGAUGAAGUUCAAGUGGGCUUUGGUCGCAUUGGCUCCGAUUUCUGGGCCUUUCAGCUCCAGGGACAGGACUUUGUGCCUGACAUCAUCACCAUGGGGAAGCCAAUCGGCAACGGACACCCGUUGUCUUGUGUGGUGACGACCAGAGAGGUGGCCGAGGCCUUCAUGUCAUCUGGAAUGGAGUACUUCAAUACCUUUGGUGGUAACCCCGUGUCAUGUGCCAUUGGCCUGGCUGUCCUGGAUGUAAUUGAGAAAGAGAAUCUGCAGGGUAACGCGCUGCAGGUGGGCCAAUACCUGACCAACCGGCUGGAAAAGCAAAAGGAGAAGCAUCUGCUGAUUGGAGACAUCCGAGGUCGUGGUCUUUUUGUUGGAGUGGAACUCGUGAGGGACCGGGCAAAGCUGACUCCAGCUACAGCAGAAGCACAGGAAGUCAUUUAUAAGCUGAAGGAGCAGCACAUCCUUCUUAGUGCUGACGGACCUCAUCGCAACGUGCUGAAAUUCAAGCCUCCACUCUGCUUCACUACUGAGGAUGUUGACCUGGUGGUGGAGAAACUAGACCUCAUUCUUACAGAGCUGGAGGAAGCUUUAGGCUUGAAGAAGCACACAACUCAGAGCGUAGUAACAGAAAACUGUAAACGAAAGCUAUCUGCUGAAGGAAACGGAAACAGUGAGAUAAUAGAGAGAGAUGAAAGAGUGCAACAACAAAACAAAACAAACAAACGGAUCAAGACAUGAAGAUGAAAGUCAACACAUGAUAUAAACGCUCGAUCUUUGGGUGGAAACAGUGCAUCACACUUGUUUAACUGACUUUCAGAUUAAAGUUCGUCUUUGUUGAUUCAAAAUGUUAUGAAUUGCUUAGAAAUAAAGAGUUUUAUGUUUAAAUAUA